AUGCCCCCCAAAGCCAAGCCAAAAGCAGAACCAUCAGAUCUCCCAAUUCACCCCUUUAGGUCAGCCAAAGAGUUCGAGCACUUCCUUGAGCGGGAGCAUUUGACUGCCCCGGGGAUCUACUUGAAGCUAGCUAAGAAGAACUCGGGGAUCGCGUCAGUCUCUCGCGAUGAGGCCGUGGAGACAGCGUUGUGUUUCGGAUGGAUUGACGGUCGGGCGAACGCGUACGACGAGGACUGGUGGCUGGUACGAUAUACACCGCGACGUGCGAAGAGCAUCUGGUCCAAGAAAAACGUCAUGACUGUUGAAUCGCUGGUGAAAGCGGGCCGCAUGCGACCAGCCGGGUUAGCCGUCGUCGAAGCGGCAAAGGCCGAUGGACGCUGGGGGCGGGCAUACGAUGGUCCGGCUAGUAUCACCGUGCCGGAUGAUCUGGCAACCGCGCUGGCGAGCAAACCCCCAGCGGCCGCUUUCUUCGAAAGUUUGAACCGGUCGGAUCGGUAUUCCCUAUUAGUUCAACUGCAGUGGGCGGCUCCACAGCGCCGUGAGAAACGUAUUGAGACGCUCGUACGAAUGCUCGCGGAUGGUAAGACGCCGGGUACAUCUCUGAAGGCAAAGUCGACUAUAUUAUCUAAAAGUAAAACGGCGGAACGAACGUCGAAGAAAGGUAGUGUCAGAAAAGCAACGAAAAAGACAUGA